CUAGACAGUAACGCGUGUGGCCUGCGCUCCAGCCCAGCCCCCCACACGCCAAACCGGCCUGCCUUGGCUCGACAAGGGGAGGGAGACGCGGCUGUUGCUGAAUCUACUGCUCUUGCUGGUGGCAUUUUACGUACGUCGCAUUAAAACAGCAGUCACGGAGCCGUUUUUUUUAACGUGUUUUGGAAUGUUGCUGUUAAACACAACCGGUCAGUUAAGAAGAUGUUUCCGUAGCUCUCGUUAUACUAACGUUAGUUAACGGCAGUUAGGCACAAAGGCGUUCAGUCAGCUACUAGCCUAGGUUAGCUACGGGUAACUAGCUUGCUAACAACACAGCCGGUGAGGACGAGCACAUCCUUGCGCAGCCAUACUCGGGUUAAUCUCUGCUGGCUCGCUCCGCCGGUUACGUUAGCCGUUUUGUGGUAGUGAUUUAUCUGUAAGUCAAGCGGUUGUUUUAGCAGUCGCCACUCAUGCCUCUGAUACUUAAAGCAACGGUACCGCAUAGCUGGGUCGUUGGUUGCAUGUUUUUCAGCUAGUAGCCGCGACUGGGCUUCGGGCUCAUACAGGGAUGGUGGCGGUAGCAAAACAAGCUAACGUUACUCCGUAUCUGCGAAGAAGUGAGUGCGAGAAGUGAGGAGACACUUCGGCCAAGUGGGAGUUCUCAGUUUUGUUUAUGUUACUUGUAAUUUCGGGGGUGAAUGACGCGGGGACGCGCCUGACUAUCCUUGAACGCUGCUUGAACUGAAACUGGAGAAAUCGCUAACAGAUCGAAGGGGAUUAUUUUUGUGUCUCUAAGUGGAUUCGGCCUCCUGUUCAGAAUCGUCGUGGGAACACAGCAAGUGAUUUGACCUUGAGUGAGCCCACUCCCACAAAAUAUCUAAUCUCCCGCCGACCCCCCUUGCUUCACCCUCCGAUGCGGAGACUUCAGUAGCACCGGCAACCCUAUCCCCCACGGCGGCCGGACAUGCUGAAGUGUAUCCCCCUGUGGCGCUGCAACCGCCACGUCGAGUCGGUGGACAAGCGGCAUUGCAACUUGCAGACAGUCCCUGAUGAGGUGUUCCGCUACAGUCGCAGCCUGGAAGAACUUCUCCUCGAUGCCAACCAACUCAAAGAGCUACCAAAGCCUUUCUUCAGACUACUGAACCUACGGAAGCUCGGCCUGAGUGACAAUGAGAUCCAGAGACUCCCUCCUGAGGUGGCCAACUUCAUGCAGCUCGUGGAACUGGACAUCUCCAGAAAUGACAUUCCUGAGAUCCCUGAGAGCAUUAAGUUUUGCAGGGCCUUGGAGAUCGCAGACUUCAGUGGAAACCCCCUGUCCAGAUUGCCGGAUGGUUUCACUCAGCUCCGAGCGUUGGCACACUUGGCACUCAAUGAUGUGUCGUUGCAGACGUUGCCCAACGACAUUGGAAACCUGGCCAACCUGGUGACGCUGGAGCUCAGGGAGAACCUGCUCAAGUCUCUUCCCACGUCGCUCUCUUUCCUGGUGAAACUGGAACAGCUGGACCUGGGCAGCAAUGAACUGGAAGUUUUGCCGGAUACCCUUGGUGCUCUUCCCAACCUGAGGGAGCUAUGGCUGGACCGUAACCAGUUGUCCUCAUUACCACCAGAGCUGGGGAACCUCCGGAGACUGGUGUGUCUGGAUGUGUCCGAGAAUCGUCUGGAGGAGCUUCCCUCAGAGCUGAACGGCCUCCUGGCUCUCACUGACCUGCUGCUGACACAGAACCUGCUGGAGGUCAUCCCAGACAGCAUAGGCUGCCUGAAACAGCUGUCCAUCUUGAAGGUGGACCAAAAUAGACUGACCCACCUGACUGAUUCAAUAGGAGAGUGUGAAAACCUCACAGAACUCGUCUUGACAGAAAACCUUUUACAGUCACUUCCUCGCUCGCUGGGCAAGCUGAAGAAGCUGACCAACCUGAAUGUAGACCGUAACCGCUUGGGCAGCGUGCCCAAAGAGCUGGGCGGCUGUGCCAGCCUCAACGUUCUCUCUUUGAGAGACAACCGCCUGGGCAAACUGCCUGCUGAGCUUGCAGAUGCCACUGAGCUGCAUGUGUUGGAUGUGGCUGGAAACAGAUUACAAAACCUGCCUUUUGCCCUGACAAACCUCAAUCUGAAGGCCAUGUGGCUCGCAGAGAACCAGUCACAGCCAAUGCUCAAGUUUCAGACUGAGGACGACGAGCGCACAGGAGAGAAGGUGUUGACCUGCUAUUUGCUGCCCCAGCAGCCUUCUCCGAGCCUAGAGAACUUGCUGCAAAACAGUGUGGAUGACAGUUGGACAGACAGCAACCUGAACCGAGUGUCAGUCAUUCAGUUCCAGGAAGAGACCAAGGCUGAGGAAGAGGAUGAUGAGGCUGCUGCAGAGCGCAGAGGUCUCCAGCGCAGAGCCACGCCGCACCCUAGUGAGCUGAAGGUGAUGAAGAAGGUGAUUGAGGAGAGGAGGAAUGAAGCUUACACAUCCAGGCCUGAUGGAGAAGAGUCUCCUAAUCCACAGGAGAAGCGGCUCAGUGACCUCUCCAAUCAGAGCCGUGACUCCCAGGUGUCCAAUAGCACACUGUCGGCCACCUCCCAUGAGGACAGACAAAAUGUGACUGCAGCCUCGCACAGGGAGGAUCUUGUAGAUGGCCACUCCCCUCAGGAGGACGAAGAGCUGGAUGAAAUGGAGGUGGAGUACAUUGAGCCCACUGUGCACUUUGCAGAGGAGCCCAUCUUCCGUGGUGGCGAUGAGGACGACGAGGAGGAUGGUGAGAGGAGUGAUGUGGAAGACGAGAGGCCGGCUUUUCCUGCAGAGAAGCAGCGUCUGAUCAGAAAGGACACGCCACACUACAAGAAGCACUUCAAGAUCACCAAGCUGCCCAAGCCCGAGACGGUGGCUGCGUUGCUGGAGGGCUUCAGCCCCGACUCCCUCAACUCUCCGACACAGGCUGCUGAGAAUGAGCAGGAUGAGGAGGAGGAGGAGGAGGAGCAGGAGCAGGAAGAGCAAAGUAUAUGUACCCCUCAGCAUAAUCACAGAAUGGAGGCACUUGAGGACAGCCGGCUCCAGGUCAAUUCCAGUCAAGUAAAGGGGGUGUCAUUUGAUCAAGUCAAUAAUCUGCUGAUUGAACCUGCUCGAAUUGAGGAGGAAGAGCACACCUUGAUCAUCCAGCGACAAACAGGUGGCCUGGGUAUCAGCAUUGCUGGAGGGAAAGGAUCUACACCGUACAAAGGAGAUGAUGAGGGAAUCUUCAUCUCAAGAGUAUCUGAGGAGGGUCCGGCAGCCAGAGCAGGGGUGAAAGUAGGAGACAAACUCCUAGAGGUGAAUGGAGUGGACCUCCAUGAAGCAGAACAUCACACAGCAGUUGAAGCUCUUCGUAGCUCUGGUGCUACAGUUUCCAUGACAGUGCUACGGGAGCGUAUGGUGGAGCCAGAGAAUGCCAUCACCACCACGCCACUGCGGCCAGAGGAUGACUACUUCCCGCGGGAGAGACGGAGCAGUGGCCUCGCCUUCAACUUGGAGACGACUCCCAGCGGGCCUCAGCAGCGACUCUCCACCUGCCUGAUCCGAAACGACAAGGGGCUGGGAUUCAGCAUCGCAGGGGGUAAAGGCUCCACGCCCUACCGCACAGGAGACACGGGAAUCUAUAUCUCUCGCAUCGCAGACGGGGGAGCGGCACACAGAGACAGCACGCUGCGAGUAGGCGACAGGGUAAUCUCUAUCAAUGGUGUAGACAUGACAGAGGCCAGGCAUGACCAGGCAGUAGCGCUUCUUACCGGCACCUCCCCCACCAUCGCCCUCCUAGUGGAGCGAGACCCGAAUGCACCAGUGGGCUCUCCAGGUCAAUCCCGGGCACGAGCCCACUCCCCUCCACCCCCAGAACCCUCAGAUUCACCAGACCAGGAGGAGGAAGGCCUUUCCCUUCAUGGGAACCACCUGAGCCAGAUGGAGGACGAGUAUCCCAUCGAGGAAGUGACCCUGGUGAAAUCAGGCGGCCCUCUAGGCCUGAGCAUCGUAGGAGGCAGCGAUCAUGCCAGUCACCCAUUCGGCGUCAAUGAACCUGGGGUGUUCAUCUCAAAGGUGAUUCCUCACGGUUUAGCGUGUCAAAGUGGACUGCGUGUUGGGGACCGAAUAUUAGAAGUGAACACCAUCGACUUGCGCCAUGCCACACACCAGGAAGCUGUGCGAGCCCUGCUGGCCAACAAGCAGGAGAUCCGUAUGUUAGUACGGAGGGACCCUUCACCGCCUGGGAUGCAGGAAAUUGUGAUCCAGAAGCAGCCCGGGGAGAAGCUUGGCAUCAGUAUUCGUGGAGGGGCCAAGGGUCACGCAGGAAACCCCUUUGACGCCACAGAUGAAGGCAUCUUCAUCUCUAAGGUUAGUUCGACCGGUGCAGCAGCAAGAGACGGCCGACUGCAGGUUGGCAUGCGUAUCCUGGAGGUGAACAAUCAUAGCCUGCUGGGGAUGACGCACACGGAGGCAGUGCGAGUGCUCCGUGCUGUCGGAGACUCCCUGGUCAUGCUGGUGUGUGACGGCUUCGACCCACGAAAGGAGUCUGCCGUGGAGGCGUCUCCUGGCAUCAUUGCCAACCCAUUCACAACAGGCAUCGUCCGCAAGAACAGCAUGGAAAGCAUCUCUUCUAUAGACCGAGACCUGAGCCCAGAGGAGAUGGACAUCAUGCAGAAGGAGUCUGAGAUGGUGAGAGAGACGUCGCAGUGGGAGCGAGAAGAGAUGGAGAAAGUGGAGCGUAUGCGCUUGGAGCGUGAGGAGGCAACUCGCCUGCUAGAAGAGGAGACUGAGAACAUUGGCACCGGACCUCUAAAACUUGACUACAAAACCCUGGCUGCGCUGCCCACAACCAGUCUGCAGAAACUCAAUAGGGCGCCACCUUCUGAUUUCACCAGGACGGACAGCCCAAUCAGGGAAGCACCUUAUUCUCCCAUCAUCCAACCGGCCAACGUUCAUUACACCUCAUCUCCUACUGCCAAGGAUGACAUUUCCUCAUCAACGCGACCGGGUGCCAUCCAGCCAGUUGGGCGCGUGCGCCAGAGUAACUCCCCUGCCACUCCGGACGGUCACAGUCCCAACCCCUUCCAGCAUGGCCCCUCCCCCUUCAACUCCCAGACCUCUGACCUGUAUGGUGUGAGGAACAAUUUCCACCCAAAGCAACCUUCUCCAGAGCCUGAGUUGAACAACGAGGUGUUUGAUGAUGACAUAGAUGGUCAGGAGGGAGCUGGUAAGGGUGUGAGCGGCAAGUUCUCCCCCCGUCGGGAGUAUAUCAGCCUGGCAGCAGUGCCUCGCCUCUCCAGGGUUUCCACGGACCUGCAGAGUCCUUCUCCCAGUGGUAGGGGCACCCCAGAGCAGCGCUCGUUCAGGGACCGACAGAAGUAUUUUGAGAUUGAUGUGAAGCAGCAGACGCCAGACAAACCUAAACCUCGAGUCUCUCUUGUUGGAGAAGAUGACCUCAAGAAAAUGAGGGAGGAAGAAGAGAGAAAGUUUGAGCAGCGGGCGCGGGAGUACUUGCUGGAUGAAGACGAUGACGAGGAGGAAGAGGAGGACCUGGCUAAGCAGGUGGCACAGAUGAAGGCCUCCGGCAAAGUGUUGUUGGAUGGAGUGGAGUACAACGUGGAGCCGGUAUCCACCCCAUCCCAGCACUGCUCCACACCACCAAGCUACAACGCCACACCACCGAGCUACUGUGGCAGCUCAGGGCCAUCCUCUGUUGAUGGUAAGGGAGACUCUCAGAGGAAUUCACUGGAGGAUGGCUUCAGGCUGGAGCAGAGGCCCAACUCCAUGACUGGUCUGAUCCCGGUGUAUCCCGGAGAGACGGCGGCUCCCAUCCGCACUGCCAAAGCAGAGCGCAGACACCAAGACAGACUUCGUAUGCAGAGCCCCGAGCUGACUGUGGCCCCUGACAAGGACCUGUCCCCUGCUGAGAAACGAGCUCUGGAGGCUGAGAAGAGAGCCAUGUGGAGGGCAGCACGAAUGAAGUCUCUGGAGCAGGAUGCACUGAAGGCUCAGAUGGUCAUCGCCAAGUCUCGGGACGGGAAGAAACGUGGGACACUAGACCAACUGACGGAGUCGCCCUCGCCCGCCCCCACACCCUCUCCAACACCUAUGGAAGAGCUCAGUCCUCGAGGACUAACCUCUCCAGGCCGGCUGUCCCUGUCGUCAAAGAAGUUUGACUACCGACAGUUUGCUGCCAUUCCUUCUUCCAAACCCGUAUACGACAUCCAGUCCCCUGAUACAGUCGAUGACGUGCAGUUCCACGACGACGGCUCCACUAACCCAGGGCCUACUGCAAGUCCUGAGGUCUCCACCCCGCUGCCUGCCACCUCAGCCCUGGAGGAGAUGGCCCUUUACAGCAACAAGCGCAAACUGAGGCAGGGCCGCCGCAGCCUGGAAACCGCUGUGCCCACGUAACACCUCACACUGAGAGAAGAAAUGCGAAGACAUAAUGCGAACACAGACACACAUUUUCAUUCACUGUGGAGUACUGGUAACACGUGGGUGCAUCCACAGGAGGUGCAGAGUCACUAAACACUACAGUGUCAGUAGAGCGAGAUUUACUUUCCUAUAUAUAACCACUGCAGAGACUAAGAAGCUGAUAGUCACCACACGUACACACUCACUUAUAUCCUGCGUGCCAGUCUUGCCUAUACAGUCUGUGAAUGAGUUGGCAAGUUGCUCAACAGUCCCUCAAGGGCAAGAACGAGCUCGUGUGGUUAGCUAGGAUUGCUACUUACAGACCAUUUGUUUUUAUUUGUUCUACACUCAGUUUACCUUUUUAGCUGAUCUGUUUUAAAAAGAGUUUUUAGUUUUUAAUUCUCGCACCUCCAAUGAUUCUGCUGUUUUAGAAAAAAAAAACAUACUGGAAGAGAAAAGAAAUGGGUCUUAGCUAUACUAACUUCUUGAAAUGAUAUUUUUAGGCUUUCAGUGAAUAGAUUGUAAAAUGUCAGGGGUUUCUUUAACCUGGGGUGGACAGGAGUGUAUAUAUUAAUUGAGGAGGGAACAUCCUGCUACCUUCAUAGUCAAGUUGUGGAGCUUUAAAAACAACAAACAGUACAUAUCUUUUUUUGCACUGUCACUGAUCAGCUUUUUAAGAAUAUCUUAAUUUAUUGUUUUACUAAAAUUAAAGGUGUUCCAUUUUAACCCUUCCAGCCCUUUUGGGCACAAAGAGCAUGACUGAUGCUUCUAAUCAUUUAUCAUUACAAAAAUGUAGAAUAGAUAUGGGUCAAAGCUUUUAACUAAUAAAUCACAUAUCAGUUAAUCUAUUAUAUACACUUAUUCUCCAGGGGUUUUUAAAAGAAGCAUAUCUACAAAUUAGAUUGCUUGGACAAUGUACAGCUGUUGCACAUCUGUGUCACAACUCACCAAUGGGUUGGACCAAAAUAUCGGUGAGUCAUCGGUCCAGAUUUAUUGACUGUUACAUUCCCCUUGUAUAGAAUAUAACUCCACUCGAGGUUGCAGCAUUGAGCUGGCAGUUUCACAGAAAAGGUUGAGAAUAUCAAAGUUUGACAACAUACAUUUUUAGCAUAAUGUACUAAUUAACGGUACUUAUCCUCCCUGUUUAGGGUAUCUUUUAUUUUACCAAUGUGAAUCAUUAAUUUCUAUCCUAGAGCUAUAUGGAGGUAUUCCAGAGUGACGUGAAGGUAGCAGGUGUUUUAUAUUUCUGUCUAUGGUUAAUUUAAAUCUGAUGCCACUGAAAAAUCAUUUAUUGUGUGAAUAAUGUACAAAUAAUGAAAGGAAAGCAAACUUGGGUCUGAAACUGAGCCAGUCUUGACCUAGACCAAGCGAGUGUCUGGACUGCUGAUGUGUCUGGGUUUGGACAGGCCUGGUAUCAGGACACUCUCUGCAUGUAUAUUGGUUUGUUAAUGGGAGAGCUGCGAGAGGCAGAACCAAUUUAGAAAUCCCUCUCAAGAUAUUGAUCUCAUUCAGUUCACUGCUUGACACACUUGUCAGUUUAUGUAUCUGAUGGGUAUUUUUGCAGAAUCACAGCAUAGUAGCAUUUGUUAAUUUAAUGUAGGUCUUCUAAUGAUAGCUUUCCAUGUUGCUCUCACUGACUGAAAUUCAGUUUGUUUGAUAACAUUUGCAAUGGCUGAUAUUUCUUUUUUUUUUUAAACUUACAGUAGGUAAAUCGUUUUUCAGAUGGGUUUCACUACAUUAUUAAUGCAGUGUUUCAUGUUUGUGUGUUUUAUUCUUUUGUCUUGAGUUCUCUUUGGGGGCUUUUACUUUGCAAAUAGGUCGGAGGGAAAGGGGUCAAGGGUUAGAGCUCAUACAAGACUGUAACUAGUGAAUUUGUACAACCAAAGAAGUCUAUUUUGUGGUUCAGGAAUAAUAAAUUUUACUUUUCAUUUAAGAAGCUGA